ACCUCUCAUUUCAUUGGUUAGAGAUCUCCUGUUUAAACAAAGAAAUACAUGGUAUUUAUGUAAAAAUAAACCAAUAAAAAGCAAUAUAUCAAAUGCAUAUAUUUCGCGGCAAGUGAUCAAAAGGGGAAAGAGCAGGGAAGCCUAAGCGUAAUAGAAGUAUUUUUCUGUGGAACAUCAUUUACUGAAAACUUGUCUUGCUCUGCAAGGAAGAGGGCGCACAGAUGGGCAGCAAAAAUGAACCAGAAGGUAGUCGCAAACCCAUUAGAAAUAGGAGGGAUGAAUUUAUACCCACAGACAACUUUACACCAAGAACAUUCCAGGUGGAUCUCUUAGACAAUGCAAUUCAUCAGAAUACAAUAGUAUGUCUUGGGAGAGGGACAGGCAAGACCUUUAUUGCUGUCAUGCUGAUAAAAGAGCUGGCCUACCAGAUACGGAAAGAUGUGCAAAAUGAUGGGAAAAGGACAUUCUUCCUUGUAGAAAGUGUGCCAUUAGUUGCUCAACAGGCCAAGGUUUUGAGGCUCCACACGGAUGUGUGUGUGGGAGAGUAUGUGGCAGCUAUGGGUGUGGACUCGUGGGAGAAAGAAAAAUGGUCAAAAGAAUUUCAACAAAAGCAGGUCCUGGUAAUGACAGCACAGAUAUUCCUUAACAUUCUUCACCAUGGGUUCUUUCCCAUGUGGAAAGUCAACCUCAUUGUGUUUGAUGAGUGCCACCAUGCAGUGAAGAGCCACCCGUAUGUCAAAAUCAUGGACCACUUUGGCCAGUGCGACCCCCUGCACUACCCAAGGAUAUUAGGACUCACUGCCUCAAUUCUUAACAGUAAAUGUAAAACACCAGAUGAGCUGGAGAGGAAGAUGGGGGAACUUGAGGUGACGUUACACAGUUCGGCUGAGACAAGUACAGAUAUGAUCUCACUGGAGACGUAUGGAGCCACACCCAAAGAGACCAUUGUUGAAUGUGAUUUAUAUGAAGACUUCACAGGAUUAGUGUCCCAGUUUGAUGUCAUUCUCAAUUCAGCCUUAGACUUUCUCAAUGACAGUAACAUUGCCUUCAGUGAGGAGGAGAAUGAGAGAGACCCCUGUGCUAUACCAAGGACAGUGCUAGUAGAGUGUUUGGUUUCACUACAUCAGUUAGGGCCAUGGUGCUGUGACCGCCUUGCUCAAGCUUUCCACAAGCAGUUAGAUAAGAUACUCGCUCAUGAGGCCAUGGACAUCAAUAUUCAACUGAUUAUAUAUACCCAAACCCAACUCAGAAUGAUCCACAAUCUUUUUAUCCACAAGUAUGACAGAUUGCAAAGUUUGGAGGAGUUACUGAGCUUUGUCAGUCCAAAGGUGCUCAAAACUCUGGAGAUUCUCCGGGAAUAUAAGCCUGAUGAUGACUUCAUGAUCAUUGGAGGUGGCCCCACAGAGUACAUGGAUAUGGAUGCAGAAGUGGCAUCAGAUGACUCAUUUGAUACGGAUGAGGAUGAUGAUUAUGAUGAGCCAUUCUUUGACAUGUCGAAGCAGCAACAGCAGCAUAGCCAGAUUCACUACAUAGCUAGAAAACGUUCCUCUGACGAAAAUGUCACAGAAGAGAAAGAAGGUGCAUUGUGCGGGAUUGUGUUUGUUGAGAGAAGACAUGCUGCUUUUGCCCUCCAUAAACUAAUUGAGGAACUUUGCAACUGGGACACGGAACUCUUCUUUGUGAGGAGCAGUCACAUCACUGGGCACUCUGCCAAAUCUGGCGGUGUUCGAACUAAGGAGACUGAAAAUCAGUUCCGAAAGCAGGAGGAAAUUCUUCGCUCUUUCCGCUGCCAAGAGGUCAACCUACUGGUGGCUACCAGUGUGGUAGAGGAGGGGGUGGAUGUGCCCAAAUGUAACUUGGUCAUCCGCUUUGAUCCCCCCAGUAACUACCGGUCAUAUGUGCAGUCUAAGGGACGUGCAAGGGCCAAAGAAUCUCAAUUUGUAAUGAUUGUGGAGCAUGGAAAAUUGACAAAAUUUCAUGAGGAUCUACAAACAUAUCGGGGAAUUGAAAAGAUCCUACUGGGUAAAUGCAAUGAGUGUGAAGAUCAAGAUGAGGAAGAACAUGACACAGCUACUGUAGAUAAUCUCAUUCCUCCUUACAUGCCAGUGAAGGAAGAGGGUGCUCCUUGUGUUACCAUGAGUUCUGCCAUUGCCCUGGUUAAUAGGUACUGUGCCAAAUUGCCCAGUGAUGCUUUCACCCACCUCACCCCAAAGUGGCACAUUGAAGAGCAGGGCACAGACCCUGUUAUGUAUGUGUGUACAUUACGGUUGCCCAUUAACUCUCCAGUUAAAGAGCCGUGUGUGGGUGACCCUAUGUCUAGUCAAAAGUUAGCCAAGAUGGCAGUUGCUUUAAAAACUUGCCAGAAACUGCAUGAGGCUGGUGAGUUGGACAAUCAUUUGCUACCCAUUGGCACCAUGAGAGAAAUGCUGCGCUAUGAUGAUGAUGAAAAUGAGUGGGACAGUGAGGAUGUGCAAGGACAGGCACGACCAGGAACUACCAAAAGGAAACAGUAUUAUUACAAGAAGAUAGCAGAGGCACUGAGUUGCGAAUUUCCACAAGUUGGCCAAUCCAGUUUUAUGUACGUCAUUAAUAUGAAACUAACCUGUCCCAUCACAGAAGACCAAAAUACCAGAGGUCGUAAAAUCUAUGCCCCAGAAGAUAACCCGAGAUUCUUUGGGAUACUGACCACCAAACUGAUUCCCAAGAUUCCCAAUUUCCCAGUGUUCACCAGAUCUGGUGAGGUGGGCGUGUCUCUCAUACUGGCCCAGACAGAUGUGGUCCUCAACGCAGAACAGAAUGAGAAGUUGUCCCAGUUUCAUCAGUAUGUUUUUGAGAGAGUUCUACGUCUGCGUAAAGACCCCAUGGUCUACACCCCCAAACAGGCGCCCUCUGGUUGCAUUAUCAUACCAGUGUAUAAAGGAGAUGAAGAGAAUUAUCAGGUGGACUGGGAUUUCAUCAACAAGAUUGACAUGACUACGCCUCUCAUUAGUCGCCGAUCAUACCUCUUUAAGCCAGAUCGUGAAAAAUUCACAUUUGAGGAUAACAAAUUUGAGGAUGCAGUGGUCAUGCCAGCGUAUCGCAACAUCGACCAGCCGCAGUUCUUUUAUGUGGCUGAAAUUCGCCAUGACCUCAACCCGAGGAGUUCUUUCCCGUCUCCAGAGUUGUUUCGAACCUUCCAGGAUUAUUAUUUCAGUAAAUAUGGCCUCAAGUUGACUGACAUGAGCCAGCCUCUUUUAGAUGUGGAUCACACCUCUGCCCGACUCAAUCUCCUUACGCCCAGAUAUGUCAAUCAAAAAGGUGUUGCCUUGCCAACCAGUAGUGCCGAAACCAAACGAGCGAGAAGGGAAAAUUUGCAACAGAAGCAGAUUCUGAUCCCUGAGCUCUGUGACAUUCACCCAUUCCCAGCAUCCUUUUGGCGCAAGGCUGUUUGUCUGCCAACAAUUCUUUACCGCAUCAACUACCUCUUGAUAGCAGAAGAGAUCCGAAUACGCAUCUCCUCUGAGGCAGGGAUUGGUAUAGCUCAGCUACCAAAGGAUUACAUUUUCCCCAAUUUGGAUUUUGGUUUUAGACAAGAAAUGGAAAAGCAGUGCCUACUGAAUGGAAUAGGAAGGGAAGAUGAAGAGGGAGAGAGCACUGACAGUUUCGAAGAUAAAAGUGAUGAAGAUGAAUGUGAACCUAAUAAGCCUGCAUGUGAAGUAGACACAGAUUCCAAGAAAAGUGCAAUAAGCACAAUCUUGCCUACUACAACUGAAACACAUACCUUCAAUGGAUGUUCUGAUGAACAUGAGAACAAGGGACAGUUGGAUCCAGAAAUAAAUCAUCAGGAUGUUCUGCUCCAUAAGCGUUCUGGCCUUACUCUUAACCUGUCUCCAGCAACAAAUCCCAGUGAACCAAAUGCCAAGCAGGUACACAGCAUGCCUGACAAGAAGCCUUUAUUAUUAGAAUCUACCUCACCUUUUCCAGAAUCUACAGAAGAAUCUAGCAAGACAAAUGGGAGUCUAGAGCUCUUGAAAAACUGUGAUAAGAAUCAAGAAUUAUUUAGAGGGGAUAGUAUAGAAGUGCAAUCAGUGCCUGGUGGUGAUUCUGACCCCAUGGCCACUGCUGACUGUGAUAUUAAGGAUUCUACUUCAGCUGCCAAGAUAAGUUUUGAUGCAGAUAUAGAGCUUGAAAAUUAUAUUGGACCAACCCCAAGUAUGCUGAUUCAGGCCCUGACCAUGUCCAAUGCCAAUGAUUUUUUUAACUUGGAGAGACUGGAAACUAUUGGAGAUUCUUUCCUGAAGUUUGCUGUUACCAUAUAUCUCUACUGCACCUAUCCAGGUAUUCACGAAGGAAAGCUGAGUAACUUGCGCAGCAAGCAGGUGAGCAAUUUUAAUCUGUAUCGCCUGGGAAAGAAGAAGGGACUGGCAGAGUGCAUGAUAGCCACGAAGUUUGAACCUAAUGAAAACUGGCUGCCACCAGGUUAUGUGAUUGACAGUGAGAAAACUGGAGGGCUGAAGAUUCAGAUUGCCUCUAUGUGUAAGCCAAAGACAAACCAAAGCACCUCCUUGGAAGAGAGCGUAAACCUCACAAAUUCCUCUUCACAACAGACGAGUUCCAGCUUGGGCCAACUCCAGCAGAAAUUCAACCAAGAACUGGAAGAGAUCAAUCAAGCUACAGAGACGGAUACAGACGACCCGUCAGAUGUGUGUGUCAUUCCAUAUGAUCUCCGCACGCAGCACAGUCUUCCUGAUAAAAGCAUUGCUGACUGCGUAGAAGCUCUGAUUGGCUGUUACCUGACGCAGUGCGGACCCAAGGCGGCCCUACAGUUCAUGUCGUGGGUAGGACUAAAAGUGCUUCCAGAAGUGGAGGAGAAGGAAUCUCAGUCGCAUGAAAACCGUAAAAGCUGUCAUGACAGUGGAAACAAUGGGUCGUCUCUUAAUGGACAUACAGCCAUGCCGGUCCCAUCAGAGAGAGGGAAGACCAGGUUUCACCCGUUACAGUCACCACCCUCUCCCCUCCUCACACAUGUUCCCAAGGCACUGCAGGUCCUGGAGCACUACCUCAGUGGAUUUGAACAGUUUGAAGAAACCAUUCAGUACAGGUUUAAAGACAGGGCCUACCUCCUCCAAGCUUUCACUCAUGCUUCCUACCAUUACAAUACAGUCACAGAUUGCUAUCAGAGGCUGGAAUUCCUUGGGGAUGCUAUUCUGGAUUAUCUUAUUACCAGACACUUGUAUGAAGAUGACCACAAGUUUUCUCCAGGUGUGCUCACUGACCUGAGGUCAGCCCUGGUCAACAACAACAUCUUUGCAGCUCUGGCCGUGAAGUGGAACUUCCACAAGUUCUUCAAGGCAGUCUGCCCUCAGCUUUUCUCUGUGAUUGAUGACUUUGUAGAGUGGCAGAAAGAGAGAGAGGACUUCAUCAAUGUGGAUCAGGAGUUCAUGGAAAUAGAUGGUGACAAUGAAGAAGAGGGAGAGGAUGUGGAAAUUCCCAAAGCACUGGGUGAUAUAUUUGAGUCGGUGGCUGGGGCUAUAUACAUGGACAGCGACAUGUCUCUAGACUCUGUUUGGAGAGUGUACUUUCGCAUGAUGAAACCACAGAUAGAUCAGUUCACAGCCCAUAUCCCCAGAUCACCUGUGAGGGAGCUGUUGGAACUGGAACCAGAAACAGCUAAGUUUGAAAAACCAGAAAGAACCAUGGAAGGAAAGAUACGAGUAACUGUGAAUGUGGUGGGCAAAGGCUCGUUCCGAGGACUGGGAAGAAAUUACAGAAUUGCCAAAAGCACAGCGGCAAGAAGAGCUCUCAAGUACAUUAGGAUGAUUAAGUUGCAGGAAACUUUAGCACUAAGGAAGGCAAUGGCCCCAAGUCUUUUAUUUAGCCAGCAGUAAAUGUAAUAUUAAAGGAGUACCUGGUGUGCAGAAAUAGACAGAUUAAAUUAAUUUUUCUUAAGCAGCAGUUUAUUGUAAACCAACCUGUAUCUGGCAUUUGGGAUAUGUGAUCUUUUGUACAGUAUAUUCUUGCUAUAAUAGUGAGCUGCCCCAUCUUGUGGCUUUUCAUAUUUGAAUACCGGUGAUCAUGUAUUUCAUAGAGUAUUUUCCCUGUACGAUCAUUCUGACUUAGGCAUGGCAUUUUUACCUUGUUUUUAUGAUUGGUAUAUUUUAUUUUGAUAAUCUCUGGGAGUUUUCAAGUUCAUUUGUUGUUGAGAUAAAAGUUGUCAUCCUAUCGAGUGCCAUGUUCAGGUGCUAAAAUGUAUGUGUACUCAUCGCUACCUUUGAUAAAAUUGUUAUAUAUGACAAAGCUCUGGUGUUACUCUGAACAUAGUUUUGUCAAAAGGUGCUAGGUUUUGGUAUCUUAGUUUUGUGCCAAUUGUAUUUUAAGAAUUGUAUCUAGAACAGUGUCACUUUAUCUGGCUCCCUGGCAUUUUAAAAAUAUGUUGUGAUGUUAUAUGGUUUCAUUAAUCUUUGAACAGCUGAGUCAUUAUAAACUGGGUAUCAUUCAUUAGUUGGACUGCUUUUUGUUUUGGAAAUAUAUGGACGUUGAUAGCUCCAAAUUUUUCCAAAAUUUCAUUGAUUUCUAGUUUUAAAGUAAUGAUAUGUUUAUGUUAUAAUAUGCCCACCAAUAUUAAAUUUUAAUGUUAUACAUAGUAAUAGUGUUAACAUGUUUGCCAAAGCAACAGGUUAAAGAUGAGAAAAAAGUCAUUGCUGUGCAGUUAAACUUAAUUUUUUUUUAAGGAACCAGUUGUACCCUUGGUUUUAUUAUUGGGAGGUUGUCUCCAGUGGUCAUUAACGACAAAGGAAGUGAAUUAGAAGUAGGAUGUGGAUUUUAAACAGGUUUUAAUCUACUCUCUAAAGGUGUAAUGCAAACUUGAAUUUUUGAAUCUCUCUGGUGAUGAUAAUUUAUCCUCAUCUCUGGCCUCUGUGACGUUUUCCAUGGCUUUUCAUAAUGUGAUAUUUAUGCAGCUGAUGCCACCUUAUUGUUGUAAACUUGGUAUCAUAAGUCAUAUAAUGGCAACUGUUUACCAAAAAAUUAUUUUUAUACAAAAAAGGAACAGUUUCUAUGGGUUUACAGGUGUCAGACACUGUUAAUCUAAAAUACUGAGGGAACGAGGCUUAAAGUUUUGCCAUAUUGAUGGCGUAUGCGCAUCAAACAAGCAUGGAAAUGUAAAGUAGCUAGUCUUAGAGUGUAGGGCGAGUAAAGAAGAAUCAUAAUUAUACAUAUAUUUUAAACACCUCACUUAUUGCAAACAUUUCAGGAUUUUUUUAACUACACAAAAAACAUUUUUAACAAUUCCCAAUUAAGAAGCAAGUAUUUAAUGAUUUAACAUUUUAGGGAAAUAUAAUUACAUAUUUAUAUUUGAAUAUCAAUUUAUUUCUGAUUUUAUUUGAUUUCCAUUGUGUUAUAUACUUGUAGAUAAUGUCAUGUAAAAAAGAACUAUUAAUGGUAUCUUUAUAGGGCUUAAGUUCACUAAUUUUAAACUUGAAGUAGUAGAACAUAUUUCAUUCUGAAUUUAAUAUCUCUACCACAGUUUUCUUUUAUGAAGCGAUUUUGAAAGCCAAGAGGAUGUAUGAUUUUUGGAAGAGCAAUAUUUUGGUCACAACAGCAAUAUGACAAUGAAUAUCAGAUUGUAGAAAACAAAUAUGAAUAAAGUAUGAUUAUUGUUUAAAAAGUGAUUUAUUUUAUAUUAAAUGCUUAAGAUCUCGGAAAUUUCAGUGGAAGUGAGAAGGGAUAUGAUUUGCCUCUCCUUUAGUAGCAUUUUCUGUUCUCAUCUGCAUCUUGGAAGUGGAUUGUUCAGCUGCUGUAUGGAAGUCUUUUGAGAGAGAAUAAGUCCCUUGUAUUCAAACUUAAUGUCAUUGUAAAAUAAGCAGUAACAUCUAUCUCUCUAUAAGCAAACAAUUGUAACAGAAUAAGUAAUUAGAUGCACAGUUGUUAUUACUCAAUAAUAUUACCUAAAUAUUUUUGUUUUGCUUCCAUGCAAUGUGCAUAUUCAUGUAUAUUUUUCCUAUCUUUGUUACUUUUUGAAAUAUCCACUUAUGUCAAUCUACUGAAUUACACACGCCUCUGAAUUAUCAGUAGUCCUGUUUGAGAUUUUAGCAAGGCAGAUUGCUUCCAUCCAGUUUAUUUGCUCUUGUGCUGUGUCUGCACAGAAAUAAAAUGUCCUUUUCUUGCCUUUAGGUUUGAUACUGAAACCAUUUAUUUUGUUGUCAAUGUCAGAUUCGGCGAUUUCGGCACCAACCAAUGAAACAGCUUUCAUUUUUGCCCUUG